AUGCACACGAAGUAUCGCAUGUGGUAUCAUUUGGGGUGUGUACUGUAUACUAAAUACCAAAGUAGUCUAUACCUCCGUCAGAGUAUCAAGGUGUCUGGUAUCGACCACACCAUCCUGGACUCCUUCAUCGUCUACAUCCAGCGUUUGGCGAAAGCGUUCAACAUCGAGGUGUCUGGCCGGGUGCCCCUUCCCACGAAGAUAAAAAAGAUCGUUCUGCUGAAGUCUCCCCAUGUCAGCAAACAGCACAGACGUACCUUUGCGGGAAUCACACACCGACGGCUGAUACAGAUCUACAAUUGUUCGGAUGAGACCCUGGACUUCUUUAUGGACACUCUCACGGACAAGAUGCCUCCGGGUUGCAUGAUGUCUGCCACAG